CCAAUUGGUACUGUUGUGUUUUUGGCCAGGUAACUAAGCCGCGAAUAAAAAGGUAUAUUUAGUGUAAUAAUAGCCAUUUCUCCAUUGUUCACGUGCGGCAUAAUUCCUUUCGUGCAAUUGAGUCACCGGGCAUUGUUUAUUCGGUGUACUGCACGUAGAAAAAAAUUUCCAUCGGAUCAUCGUUGAAAAAUCGAAGCAGAGAGCCAAUUGGAAUUGCAAUAACAACUUGGCUCUCUCUCAAAAUAAACAGUUAACUUGUGAUAAGGGAAAUCAAAUUGCUUUGUGCGCGAAACAAAAGUGAUAAUCUUAAAGGGGAAUUACUAACAAACAGUUAUAAGCAAAGUGCAGACGGUUUCCAGUGCGCUUGACUCAUUUUGUGUAAAAUAAAUAUUUCAGAGCCUGCAGGUGACAAAAUGCGUUGCAGUUUGCAAAAGGACUGCGCAGCUCCCACGCAGGAAAAAUUUCGUCAGAUGCGUUGCCAAAUUCUGUUUACACUGUUUUUAGUGUUGUUUUGCUGCGGCGAAUGUUUUGCCGUUGACGCAAAUGAUCAGCUGAAAUUUUCUACCCCAGGAUGUAAGAUUAAGGAGCCCAUCUAUGGCAGCACCUUCGACUUCAAUGGCCUUCUCUCGGAUCUGGCUCAUGUGGUGAAAAGCGUUGAUGGCGAAAAAUUCGAGUUUAACGUAUGCGGCAAUCUCUCCAGAACCUGCAACGGCGAAAAAAAUGUGGCAGCUUGCCUUAAAAAACAGGGGAAGGAGUAUGUGAUAGGUCGCCAACAUGAGUUGUUUUACAACCAUGGUAAAAUGUAUUUCGAGUAUAAAAGCGGUGCAAAAUGCGAAAAUGGCACCGACAGCAAUCCCAACUAUCAGCUCCAUGUGAUGCUCAGCUGUGACUAUACUUUGGAUGCCCAGCCGAUACAUAUAACGCCUUAUGCCAACAAUGCCUGUUCUUUUUACAUCAACUAUGAGACUCCACUGGCCUGCCUUCCCAUACCCGAUGCGCUGCAAUCGAAUAGUUGUAGUGUGCGGGACACAAAAACGAAUGGCACCUUUGACCUUAUGCCGCUCAGUGAUAGUAACUACCGAACCAGCAAUCGACAGAACGCCUUCUUCCUGAUCAAUGUAUGUAAGCCGGUGCUCUACGGAGAAAAUAGCAUGUGUCCACCAGGGAGCAGCAUUUGUCUGUAUAGUCCCAAUGCUACUAACUCUACAGAACGAUUUAUCAAUUUUGGAAAUGUACAAUCUCAGCCGGUGGUGGAGAACGGACAGCUUUUGCUCAGGCAUGAGUCACCAACACCGUGUGCGAAGAACUCUAGCGCCAACUACACCAGCGUGAUUUACUUCAGCUGUGACAAGUUUAUAAGGAAUGCGCAUCCGGAGUUCGCGGGUCUGGGAGCCGAUUCCUGUACCUACCAGUUCAACUUUGUCACUCCUCUGGCCUGUAACGAUCUUGAUCCCUGCACAGCAUAUACUUCUACCAAUGAGCUGCUGGACCUGAGUUCGCUUAGCUUAAAGCCGGCCCACACUUUGAUGAAGGACGGCAAGAACUAUACAAUUGCAGUGUGCUCCCAUGCUGGGCAGCCCUGCCAGGAAAAUGGCGGCGCCUGUUACAAGGAGAAUUCCACAACCAUCAGCCUGGGCAACUCGAACUCCCAGCUGCGAUUCAAUCAGACCGGUUCGCUGUAUUUGCUGUACGAGGAUGGUGCCGAAUGUUCCACAGCAGCGGGCAUCAAGCGCUGGUCGACGAAAAUCGAGUUUGUCUGUGCGAACAAUGCCACGAAGGACAAUGGAGCCAACGCUGCUGGUGGUAGCGAUUCUUUGAAAAUAAUUGAGGACUCCAAUUGUCAGCUGUUGAUCCAAUAUCAGACGCCGCUUGCCUGCCGGGAGCCGAUUAAAUGCAAGGCCACCAUCUACGUGGACCACACGACGGAUGGUCUGGGCAGCAGCGGUGACGAGCUGAUCGACCUAACGCCAUUGAUUAGCGCCAGCGACAACUAUGAGGCAAAAGUGGACCUGCCGGCCAGCAUGGAGAACCUGGUGCCCAAGACAACUAAGUUCUUUUUGAAUGUGUGCCGUCCAUUAGUGCCCAAAUACCAAUUAGGCUGUGCCGGCGGAUCUGCUGCCUGCAUGGCCAAAGUGACGGCCGCCGGCGCCCCCGAGGAGGAGCGUAGCAUGGGUUUCCCGCUGGUGUCACUGUCGCAAAGGAAUCGCACCUUCGCCGAGUUGCUGUACUUGAAGGGAGACCCCUGUCCUACAGAUAACACCACGGACCUCUCCACGCGCAUCCUUUUCAACUGCAAUAUGCGUGCAGGUCGGGGACAACCCGUGUUGCGUUCGAUUGAGGACUGUGCCUACAGUUUCGAGUGGGAGACCAAUGUCUUUUGCCCGCCGCACGAGUGCACCUUUAGUCCGGACACCUGCGACCUGGUGCAUGACGAGCUGCAACGGAGUUUCAACUUCAAGAGUGCACCGUUUACCAAGGAUGGCAAGAUUGAGAUUGACUACAAUGCCACUAAGAUGUCAGUAGACAUUUGCGGAGAGCAUCGCAAGGCGAUGACGGACUAUUCACAGGCUUUGGUCAACAUAUUCUUCACACACGAGUCGCCUAAUUGCGGCAGAGAAGGCACGAUGAAUGUCCAGAUCCGGCUGAUAUGCAGCAACCAGACGGAGAGCAGCAGCACCAUUUCGAGUGACCAGCAAUGCAAUUUGCUUUAUGUGCAACGAACGCCGAGCAUCUGUGAGUUCCUGUCCCUUGGUGCAGCCCAGCAGGAUGCUCAAGGCGGUGGAUCUACCAGCUCCUCGAGCAGUACCAGUACCAGCAGCAGCACCUCCACAACCACCACCACCACCACCACUACCACCAGCACUACUACUCCGGCAUCGCCAGCGGGUAAGCCAACCAAGGCGGCCACGUCGACAACGACAACAACAGUUGGUCCCGAUCCGGCAGCUACUCCCAUCGGGCCAACGGCCUCCGUGGGCACCAUCCUGGCGGCCAUCCUGUCGGUGACCUUCUGUGUAACGUGCCUGGGCCUGUUUGCCUUUUCGCCAGCGCGAAGGCAGCGUGUCCGCCGCCUUUUCCGGCGCAGCAACUCCGCGGUGAGAUAUUCUCGGGUAGGUCCAGUCCAAUGAGGAAGCCAACCUGCUGUUAGAGCCCAAUGGAGAGUUCACUGAGAGCGAUGAUGACAUGCUGCUUUAGGGGGGUGCAGAGCAAACCAAGUCGUCGUCGGACGCCUUAUUAGCCAUUAGCAUGGGGCUGGGGGAAAUGGUGUCGGAACGGAAAUAGGGGUAGCUAGUUAAAGACACGAAAGAUCCCAAAGUGAGUAAUAUAGAACACCAAAGACAUAACUGAAAACUGAAACUGAUUGUGAGCUAAGAAAAACUAAAAAGAAAAAAACAAAAAGGGAAAACUAAAGAAAGUAAUGAUAAGAUGGGGGCGAACUGCUGAUAUAAAAUUGUACAAUACGCGUAGGCUACAACGACGACUUACAGAAACCAAUUAACGGAACCAUAUAUAUACACACAUUAUAUAUUUUAUAUACCCUUCGUAUGUAAAGGAAACUCCCGAACCUAACCCGUACCUAUAGCUAUAGAUAAAUGCGGCCUGCAUUCGCCAGAGAAUUGCCAAGGACAAUUGCUUAAAACGUACAUAAUUUUCGCUAAAGGCUCGCAAUAUGUAACCAAAUAUAGCGCGGCAGCUUUUAUCCUUCCAUUAACUAUAUGUGAUUUCAUAUUUUAACAAUUUUAAAACAAAAGUGCAGCUUUUGUGCAAUUUUUAUGGUAUUCCUUUUGAACCGAUUUGUAUUUUAUUCUAAGCCAAUAUGUUCUUUAUUUAAUGUUCGUUUCGUCUCUUCUGUUGUUUUAGUUUAGUAAGGCAAGCCAUAUUAAAAAACGGCUAAAUGUACAAUUUUAAAUGUAUACAUAAAUAAUAAAAUCAAAAAGGAAAUAUAUAUACAUGAACCAAUUUCUUUGUACUAACUUACCUUUUCAAUAGACUUAACAGUGAUAAAUAAAUAACUCGAAUUGAAUAAA